AGUAAAUUGUAUCUACAAUUUAUAAAUUUCAUGGAAAGUAAACGUUAUAUUCUGGAAAUUUUAUAUUUAAAGAUGAAUACUACCCGUUUUUUAAACGCGAAUGCCAAGUAUUAUUGAAACAACGCUACAUUCCCUAGAAGAGAUUUCCAAAAAAAACGUAAAGAGAAAUUCUGCAGUUUUGGCCUCAAAGUUUUCUCUUUUAUAUUCGUUUAGAAACAGAAUAUUAAGUCCACAUGUAAUACACAUUGCUAAACAUGUGAUUAGAAACAACCUACAACUACAAGAGACACCAAGGUUGUUGUUAUCUCAUUUAAUACCAAAAGUAAUUGAUCAAAAAGGACUUUCAAUACUAGAUUCAUCAAUUUUAUCCUAUGCAUAUGCAACAGUCGGAGAGAAUCAUUCAUCAAAAAAAAUUCUGGUAAAUAAUUUUGACAUUUGUACCUUGGAUAUAACUUCAAACUAUGAAUGUUUCUCCCUCCUUAGAGCGCUUUCUACUUUAUUGAGUAUAGAAAAGCAUGAUAAAAUUGAAGAUGAAUUUUCCAAUACGAUGAAAGAUAUUGCUAAGGGUGUUAUGGAAUUUAUAUGGAAACGUAUACAAGAAUUCAACUCCAAAUUUGUAGAUAAUAGUAAUAACUAUACUGUAAUUUGUGAAUUGUUGGCAGAAUAUAUUUUCACUUCAAUGUUACUGGAACAAACAAAUAUAAAAGAACUACUUAAUCACACUAUGCUAAAUAAUUCUUCUAUUCUCUCUAAAAUAAAAAUUUCACCACUGAUGAUGCCAGAAAAGAAAAAACAAAUAAUGGCAGAAAUCCAAAAUUCAAGCUAUACAGAAAUUUUGACAAACCUAAGGGGAAUGUAUUUUUUAAAAUUAGCUAAUUUUGACUUCACUGAAUAUUUAUUUAAUCGGUUAUGUAAUACUUCAGAAUCAUCAACCAGUAUGUGUAGAUCCGAAGCUCAGCUUUUUCUUAAUCACACACUGGACCUAAUUGAAAAGGAAUUGAAAUUCGGCCAGGAAACAAAAACAAGAUAUUUAAACUCAUUGUUUGAUCGUCUCUUGGCUAUUAAACGUACUCAUUCUUUGGAAAAAUCGCAUCGCUCAGUUGUCAAAUGGAACUAUCCACGGUUGAUAUAAUAAGUUAAAUCACACCAGAUUUGCAUCUAAUACACCG